AUGGAUAUUAUCAGAACGCCUGGAAAUAUUAAUUAUAAUAGUAAUGACAGCAGCGGCAGUCUUGAGCCGCUGUUGCGUAGUCCCAAGUCAAAGGACAAUAAUGGGCACCACCAGGGAAGCUCAAUCGCGUCCGGUCCGAAUCCCGCUCACCAUUCAUCCUCCAACAACGAUCAGCGUCCGAGUGGGCGGAAUGGCCUAAAAGCUGGCGGUAGUGUUGACAGUCAACCUAUUGUGCCCGCUGUGCAACAACAGGAGCAGCAGCAAAACAGGGGCAGUGGUAGUGCGCAAUUGCGGCAACAACCUCCACAGUGCCCCUCGACUGACUCGGGCAACAGUUCCAGUGUGAGCAGCAGUAGCAGCAGUGGCGGCGACGGUGGUGGUCGGAGUAAUAGUAGUAGUGCCAGUGCCUCCGGAGUUAAUGUUGAAGAUCCAGAGACUAAACCGCAACCUCCUUCCGGUGAUGGCGUGACCGCCGAUCAACAGCCACACACGACGGCGACGGUCAAUCGCAAUGUGUAUGUGAACAAAACGUACGACCGUGGUGGUAGUGCUAGUGUCGAUGGCGAUGUCGGUUCCGUGUCCGUGGUUUCGAUCGACGAAGGUAUUGACGAGCCUUCCAGGUCGGUGGGACCGAUCGUUGCUGGUGGUGACGGUGGCGGCGAGGAAGAGAUCAAACCUUUGCUCGAGAUGACCAACGAGCGUCGGAAGAGGAAGAGCAUUGUGAAGAGCCCCUCGAACCAGAGUUUCGGCGACAAACCCCCUCGACUGUUGAGUCUGCAAUUUUCGCAACCGGAAGGCGUGAUGGUUGCCGAACGUCCCGUGCACCACGUGCAGUUCAGCAGCGCGAAACAGCGCUUGGAUUCGGACGCCGAAGGGGGCGAUCGACUAACGCUGCUUGCCGGAACAACGGGAGGUUCUGGUGACGCCGCGACGGGUUCAUCGGAACCGAUGUGGCCACCGACCAGUCCAGUCGGUAGUAUCCUGUCGCACGGUUCAGCAUCUUCUUCAUCGUCCGGCUCAUCGUCCUCAUCGUCGUCGUCUUCCUCGAACGGCAACAGCUCGCUCGGAGCGUACGCCGAAGCACGGCCACCGGAUGGUGGUUGGGGCUGGGUUGUCGUCUUCGCCUCCUUCAUGGUGAACCUGAUUGCGGACGGCGUAACGUUCAGCUUCGGUGUGAUGUACAUUGAGCUGCUAUCAUACUUUGGCGAGGGCAAAGGCAAAACUGCCUGGGUCGGAUCACUCUUCAUGGCCAUGCCGUUGCUCUGCGGUCCGGUAGCUUCGUUUCUCACCGAUCGCUACGGCUGUCGCAAGGUAACCAUCAUCGGUUCGAUACUGGCCUCCGGUGGCUUCGCGUUGUCCGCGUACGCCUCCUCGAUCGAGAUGCUGUACCUCACGUUCGGCAUAAUGGCCGGAUUUGGACUUAGCCUGUGUUACGUAGCAGCCGUUGUCAUCGUGGCGUACUACUUCGACAAGCGGCGCUCCUUUGCGACUGGUCUGUCCGUGUGUGGCAGCGGUAUUGGAACGUUUAUUUUCGCCUCCCUCACGCAGUUCCUGCUGGACACGUACGGAUGGCGCGGUACGACACUCAUACUGGCCGGCGUCUUUCUCAACAUGUGUCUCUGUGGGCUGCUGAUGCGUGAUCUUGAGUGGACAACACACAAAUCGAAGCAACGGCGCCGUCGCCAACAACAGCAAGCGGAUUCGGUCAGCAACAGCACGAACACGGCUGGCGGUGCCAACACAACCGGAGCGCUCGUGAACGGCUGCAUUGCCGGCGAAGGAAACGGUGCGCUGGCAACGAACGGUUUGUCGGAACCGAUGAGUAACCAGCAAGCGUACGAUCUCGACGAUCCACGUCUGUUCAGCUCACUUAUCACGCUUCCAACGUUUAUGCAAAACGGUGCCUCCGGACACGAAAAGAUUCCGCUCGAAUUGCUUACCAUGCUGAGCAAACAGCGCAACGUGCACGAUCACCAUUUGCUCCAAAGCUUCCCUCCCAAGCUGAGUAGUUCGCACAGCUUCAGUCAGCCCCUGUCCCCACCCAGCGGUGGUGGUGAUGGUGGCGAUCUUGAGGAGCACAGUGUAGAAUUGGCACCGAGUGACGACCCAAAGAAGGUGGUGGAAGGUGAAACGAAAGCGAACAGUAUCGAGGUGGCAGGUCAGCCAUCGCGUCAACGAGCUGCCGGUGAACAGCGCGCCGGGGCAAGAGGACGGAACGCGGCCGGCCACAGGCAAUCGGCCGCCCAGUACGAUCACGAAGGGCUUCCCGUAUUCCUGCGUCGGGUGCACAGCCACAGCACCCGCGGUACGAACCCGACGAGCCCACAUCCGACACCGACGACCGCGUCCUAUCUGAAGGACUUGCGCAUGCAUCGCCAUUCGCUCACGUACCGCGGUGCUAUGCUGAACAUUCAGCGCUACCGGCUGCGUGCCUCCUCCUGUCCCGACAUCUACCGCAACUCGAUGACGACGAUCGCCAAGGAGAAGUCGGCCUGGUUCCAGGGUGUGGAAGAGUUCCGAACACUAUUUGUCAGUAUUCUGGACUUUUCCUACUUCUCCGACGUGCACUAUCUGCUGUUUGCCGUGUCCAAUUUUUUGCUCUACACGUUCUACGAUGUACCGUACGUGUACCUUGGGGACUACGCGACGCAGAUUGGCUUUAGCCACCAGCAAUCGUCCCUGCUCAUCUCGAUCAUCGGUAUCCUCAACAUGGUGGGCGAGGUUGUGCUCGGGUGGAUGGGAGAUCGGAAAUCGGUGAACGCUAACUACACGUACGCGAUCUGCAUGGCAUUAUGUGGAAUAGUGACCGCCUUGGUACCUCUGUUUCACGAUUAUACGCACCUUUCGGCGCUAGCUGGAGGUUUUGGUCUGUUCAUAGCAGCAAACUACUCGCUGACCAGUAUUAUCCUGGUGGAACUCAUCAGCCUGGAGCGUUUCACGAACGCUUAUGGGCUGUUACUUUUGGUACAAGGCGUUGCCAACCUGGUAGGACCGCCAUUGGCAGGGUGGAUCUCAGAUUUGACCGAAUCGUACGAUUUGUCCUUUUAUUUGGCUGGGUUUUUCAUUGUGGUUUCCGGUGCGCUGUUGAUGGUGCUUCCUAUUGUGUCGAAGGUUCGCAAAACGAUCGAAACUCGCCGCCGUAGCUCGGCCCGUGCCUCCGACGAUACCGCCAGCGAGGAGGCUAAUUUUGGUAAAAAGAUUUCUUCCGGCAGUGGCCACCAACAUAACAAUAAUAGUUCUUCGAAUGGCAACAACAAAAGUGUUACUGAAUGCGACACGAAAGGCUCAUCACCGAAGGAUUUACCUACGGCACGUACGACCGCUGCCUACGCUGAUCACGUUUUUGGAGUGGACAGUAAAAACUUUCCCCUGGAGGGUGGCGUAACGGUAUGAGUUAGUUGACAAGGAGAGCGGCCAACGGGUCGCCAGCGUGUGACUUCGACGAGGGAUUUGUGCCCGAUUGAUCGGUUUCUUCCAUUGAACGCAGCAUAUGCAGUUUACGAAUGUUCAUGUAGUUCAUGUAGCCAGAUAAACUAGUUUUUUCAUCGUUCUUAUUUGGAAAGUGUCCUUUUGUCCCUUCCCAUUUAUCAACCUAAAUCAUCAUUGAAUGCUGAAAUGAGCUGAGCAAUUGAAUUUAAAUCCCUCAAAGUAGAGCGUUAUUAUUUUAAAACAGUAUAUGCUUGUAGAUUGUCGAACACAAAAUGAAACAAAUAGAGCAUUGGGCGAAAGCCUAGAUACACUUUCAGCACAAACGACCGAUAUCAUGCCCGAUAGCUCGAGAUAAUAAUUACAAAAGGUAACAGUAUAAAAGACGAUUACAAUAUAUAUACCUCAUAAUGUACGGAAAGCUAUGCACUCUUCACAGCACACGAUUUCUUGGUGUGGUCUGCUAAAAGCAAAAUUCAGCUUCCGUUUUUAUUUGACAUAACUGUUUUGUGCAGCCAUGUCACGCAGCUGGUUUUGCACCCCUGCGUUAUUGAUUUCGCUUAUAUACCACUUUCUUUGAAUUUCAUGUAAUGUGUUGAACUUGGCUUAAUAUAGGUCCUAUUUGAUUUCAAAUUCAUUGGCUAAGAAGAUGUUUCUGGCAGGAUAGGAACUGUAUCUAGAUAACGUAUAAAACCUUUUUGAACUAUAGUCUUUCUGAUAACCAAUUAAGGAAAAUUCAUCACACUAGGUACAGAUAAUCAUGAGAUGAGAAUUGAUGCAAUGAAACCAAAGCUAAUGUUUCAUUUUAGAAACGACGAAUGUUGAAUUAAAACCAAAACCGAUUGGCCCAUUUGUAUGUAAAUAUACAAAGAAAUAAGGCGAAUCUAACGAUAAGAUGUUCACUGCUCACUAGUGAUCGGCAGAAUAUGAUUUUUUUCACUUAACAGUCUUUCACUUUUCAACGGUUAAUGUGCACGAACCGAUCAAUUUGAACAUUAGUUUAAAGUUUAUGCUUCUGCUGUGAGGCAGAAGCAAACCACUUGGUGGAAAUGGCAAACUUCAUCUUUGACUCAUAUAAAACUGCUACUUGCAGAUCGAUUUCAUAGUAGGGGAUGCACGGAGCGAAGAAAUAGUAAAUAAAAUAUGAAUCAAAUCUGAACAAAAGCAUAUGUAAUCUCUAUUUGGUGGAGGUUGAGUUUUCGAACGACCGAUCGACACGAAAUCGUUGCGACUAUUGGUAAAUAAUAAAAGCUUUUUGGAAAAAACUCUCCUUUAAUGGAAACCAACUAAAUUUUUGAACUGUGAAGCGAUGCAACAACCAACAAUUCUGCUAAAUAUAAUAAACUGAACAAAGGAGAUGUGGACGAGAACUGACAUUGUGCAUGUAACACUAUAGAGAGAAAGACAGAGAGAAGCAUAAAAGAAAUAUUCAUCAGCUGUGAUCACCUAGCAUAUUAACAACCAAACUAAACUAAAUUGAAUUAGUAGAACAAUGCUAACCAGGAACAUCAACCGUUGUUAGAAGAUUAUUGAAAGAUGGAGAAGUAGAACACCAGAAUCGACAUGAAAGAGCAGUAAUCACUAAUCAGGUGGUGCACCGGAUGAAUGUAGCAGAAUGUCGGAAGCUCGAAAGCAUGAAUAGAUAAAAGACAGUUUUUCAGUUCAGUUUGCAAAAGUUGUUUCUGUGUAUGAAACGAAUAAUUGUAAAAUAUUAAUCUGUUCUACUUUUGUUGGAAUGCAAAGAUGUAGCGAGUGAACAUUAUGGAGACGGUGACACAUCGAUAGCCACCGAUAAAGCGAAACAUACAAUAUAGCUAUAGAAACUAUAACUUAAAAUGGGAUCAAACAACCAGGGCAAGAGGCUCUCCAAUAGAUUGUGUAAACAUGCAUACGAUUAAGUUGAACACUCUGCCAAACACAGUGGAAGAAAAUGACAAGUAGAAAAGAUAAACAAGUUAUAAGUAAACUAUAUAAAUCAGCAAAUCAAAUAUAUUUUUAAGCAGACGUCUUUCACAUAAAUCCCGUAUGUCAAAAAGAGACCGAACAGUAAGGACUGAUUGCAUGAAAUGGGAGCAGAUUUGGUACGGUUAUAAAAUCUCUUUUGGUGAGAAUCCGUUCAAAAGGGGUGUUUUUGGUUUUUCAAUAUUUAAAUUCAAGUUGAACUCUUUUCAAUGGUAUGAAUUUGGUUCAAGAGAAUGGAAAGGUAAAUAGGAUCAUGCUCUGGCAGUGGCGGUUGCGGUAGGUAGACUGUAUCCAUCUGUUGCAGUGCUCAUGGAGUUCUGGUAGCAAAGAAAUUAUGCAAAACAAAUUGUAGUAGAGCGUAACAUAGUAUAUUUAACUUCAAAUCUUUUCGAAAGACACUAGCAUAAAGUACGUUUGUGCUGGAAAAGUGUAAAUCGAAAGAACAUCUGAGAACCACACAAAUAUUACGCCCAUGAGAAUGCAUGUCUUGGUAUUUACAUUAACAAACUUUAAACCAAACAAUUGUUACAUAAAGUGAAAAGAUGAGAGAUCUUUUUCGACAUUUGUACACUGUACUAAUCGCAUUGAAGACUUUUUUGUUUACUUUCGCAAUUGAAUACUUCGUCGAAUGAUAUGUAGUGUAGUAGUAUUUGCAUUCAAACAUGAAGAACUUCCCAUAACCACUUAGCAUAGAUGACACGGCAGCCCAAUUGAUAAUAUUUGACUUGACGCCCAUUCACAGUUUGUUCGAGUGUGUGAAGGGUUCGAUUAGAAGAUGGAUAAUGUCAUUUAGCGAACAAAUUAUAGAAAAAAAGAAAUAAAAACAAAUCUAAACUAAAACCAGUUUCA